AUGGCAACUCCUUUAACUGCCUUUACUGAUGCUGUUACACCGUAUCACUCGCAUAUGCACUGCUCGGGUUGCAAACGGACGCGCCGAUCUGGCGGUUCGACGGGAGCGUUGACGUUGGCGCGAUGCAUGGGUUGUCUUCUUGCCCAAUACUGUUCGAAACAGUGCCAGAAGACUGCGUGGAUUCGCGGUCACAGGGAUGAGUGCAAACAAUGGUCAGCGAUGCGGGACAUAGCAAACAACGCCGCUGGAUAUCCUCGCGCCUGGAACGAAUUCGCCCGUUGGAGGGAAUACCAUCACGACACCCUCACCAAUGCCGUCCUAUCCCACAUCAUUCUUAACGGUGACGGUUCUGAAGAUGAGCAUACGCUUGUCGUCUACCUGAAACACAACGACGACCCGACUCUGCUGAUAGAACGCAAGUUUCGCGUAACCGCCUCUCGUUUUGUGCAUAUGGAUCAGAACGAUACGGACUUCUACAUCGAUCCCGUCAAACCCAUGAUACGCGAGAUGCUUUUACUGCGCAGGAUAGGCCUCCGGCAUCUCCGGUCUGGAGCGAACGGCUCGCAGGAGUCGAGGAUGGCAACAUACAUGGUGAUAACUACAUUUGGGACACCCGAUGCAGACGGCCCCGGGCAGGCAAGACACGUACCUUACUAUCGCGUCUUUUCGUACGACACGAGCAAUUUGGGCGUUAGGGUUCUCGGCCCUCCUGAGCCAGCCUUGGAGGUGAUCAUCAACAAUGGGCUCAAGCAACGCUUCUGUUGCGGUAAACUGAGGAGUCGGUCGGAUUGCUGCUGUGGAGGUUGGACACACGAGCUGGAUCAAGAAAUUUGGUAA